AGGUGACCAGACGAACUUUGGGGCGCCGAAGGGGGCGCAGACACUCUGUAUCGGUGACCCAGAAUGGACGAGGCUGAGCAAUGGGGUCGGAUACCGCUUCAAUGCCAUGAGAUCUGACAGUGGUAAAUUUAAGCUGUAUCUGUACAUUUUCUAGCAGAGAGAGAUAUACCCGGCGUUGUUUAUUUAUAAGCGGAUGUAUAGAAACGACAGCUGUGUAGUUUUAUAAUCACUGACCAGUAUGCCAUGCAUGGAUCGUCUGAUGUACCAGAAGUUAGUUUGGAGUGUAAAAUGAUGCACCGGCUAAUUCCAAGCACUGGAUUGAGUAAGACCUGGAUUCUCUCCCUUGUAACAGUGUGGCUGGCAGUGUGUAUAUAUCACAUUCCCUCUCCAAUCCACCCCGAGCCUUACUACUACCCCAAACCCCUGCCCCGUUUAGAGGGGGCCCUCGCAAUCAACAACCUUCUCCAGGGGGCAACAAGAGCAUUCCAAGGGCAGGUAACUGGACCUGAGUCCUUUGCUGUUGAUGAAAACGGGGUGCUAUAUACAGGACUGGCCGAUGGAAGAAUUGUGGCAUUCAAAGGGGGAGAACUCUGGCAGCUGACAAGGACAGGAGAGUUCCACCCACACUGUGGUAGUUUUGACCUUGAGCCAGUCUGUGGACGACCGAAAGGAAUGAAGGUCAACACAGCUGACCCCACCCACCCCCUGAUUGUGCUGGACUCCUACAGGGGGCUUCUACAGGUGGACACAAAAACAGGCGAUGCACAGGUCCUACUGCACAGCUCUACAGGGGUGAAUGGAGAACCACUGAAGUUCCUGAAUGCCCUGGAUAUAACACACGAUGGAAUCGUGUAUUUCACCGACUCCAGCAAAAAAUGGGACCGGCGAAACUAUCGAUAUGAGGUAAUUGAGGUGAACAGACAAGGUCGACUUAUCAUGUACAACAUGGUUACCAGGGAAACAAAGCUGUUGCUGGAUGACCUGCAUUUAGCCAAUGGGGUGGCUUUAUCAUCAGACGAGUCCAUGCUGUUCAUCGCAGAAAUGAGCGCUUGUCAAAUUCGGCGCUAUUUUCUAAAAGGGCCCAGAGCUGGCCAAUCAGAUGUCAUAACACAAAAUCUCCCUGGUUACCCUGACAACAUCAAGCUCAACAGUCGGCAGAAUUUCUACGUUGGGCUUGGGUCGGUACGGUACCAGGGGGUCAGUCUCCUGGGUCCAUUCCUGGAUCUCAUUGGUCCUUACCCAGCCAUAAAGAGGUUUCUCACAAAGCUGACACCACUCAAAGUUUUUGACAUCUUUAUGCCCAAACAUUCCAUUAUUCUGGAAAUAAACAGAGACGGUGAAAUCAUCUCCAGUUUACAUGAUCCCGGAGCCAAAGUUAUCUCUGCCUCAGGAGAGGGAUUCGAAUUUAACAACACCCUGUACAUAGGGAGUUUCUGGACACCAUAUAUUGGGAUGCUGAACUUGACUUAUGUGAAAUCAGGGAACUGACUCUCCAUCUCCAUAUUUUUACAUGUACACAUUUAAUGCAUUUCAGGGCUGCUAGAGUUAGUUCCCUUUGCCAUUCGUUUUCAUCAGCCCACAUCCUUAAAUCUUUUUAUUCUACUAUAUAUUUCAUACAUAUAAUAAGAUAUCAAUAUUAAGUAGAUCCCGAGUACAAAGUAUUCUCAUAAACUUCAUGCAAAAGAUGAUUUUGAGAGUAGUUCAUGAGUGUAUAAAUCCACGGUGUAACAUUUUUCAGUCUCUUUUUAAAGGGGCAUGGUCACGAUUUUGGUCAAAUUCAGUUUUAAUGUUUUUAUUCUUUACAAUGCUUUAGGAAUGCAUUUCUAAUAAUCAUGUGAAAUUUGAGAGUCAGGUGUAGAGUUUUGAGCCAGAUCCAAGGCUCACAAUUCUUUGUCAUGUAAACAAGGCUCUUGCCCUGUUUUUGUUUACGUAGGUUCAAUAUACCAGUCAAAAAUCUUUUUCAAGCUGAUUUGUCUAUCUUCUUUUUCAUUUUAAGAAUAAAUAAACAGUUCCUAACGUUUAACACAAUUAUUUCAGGUCUAAAACCAGAAUUUUCACUUCAACAUUCAAAAUGUAAACUCUGUAACUCGCUUAAAAAUCAACGGAUGAUACUCAAACUUUAGUUGCCUAUCAAAAAUGCCUUACUGAAGCACUGUAAAUAUUUAAAAUCGGACAAAUAAUUUUUGACCGAAAUCAUGACCAUGCCCCUUUAAAGAUAUGUCCAUACAUAUGUAAUUGGUUACAACAAAUACCUAGGAAUUAUUAGAUUUUGUAGUGGUUCAGUUUUUGUGGAAUUUGUGGGUACCUCUCAACCACGAAUUAACAUCCUCCACAAAUUAAUAAAUUAGGGUCAUAAAGUCUUAUUUCCUUAAGUAGGUAUAAGAAAAUACACAAAAUUACAUCCCCACGAACCUAUAAAAUUUCAGCAAUGCACGAAAAUUGGCCCCUAUGAUGAUUCCACAGUAGUUCAUUUGAACAAGUUACAUGCAUUAUUCACACAUUGUUUAUAUUUCAAGGAUAUGUUCAUCCAAAGCAUGAAGAUAGUGAAAUUACAACCACUGUGAUAAUCUUCCAAUCUUCCAUCAGUAUUUGAUUUUCAUUCAUCAUCAACUAUGGUAAAAUUUUCUUUAUAGAAGCCAUGUUUUACAUUGUUUAAACUAAAGAAAACAUUAAAGACCAGAUAUUGGAUUUAGUUUUAUUGUUUUUGUUUGCUUUUUGUAUGUAUGGUACACAGAAUCAACAAGAAUUGUAACAAAGUUCUGUAAAGCUGUAGUUACUUUGAAGAUGAUACAAGGUCACGACCUUUCAAGGCCAUGUCAAGGUCAUUGUGUGAUUCAAUCAAAUCCUUAACAAUUGAUUUUUCCCUGGUUAUAAAAACUCAACACUCAAAACAUAAUUAUAAAGAUACAUGAUAAUUAAAAAUGAUGUAUCAACACAAUCAUUCUAUUAUUAUACAUGUCAACCAUCAAAGUUACAGAAAGAAUACUUUUUAAUUAGAGAUCAGAAACAAUGCCACAUAUAAUACAGCAUUUCUUAAUACACAAUGAAUAUUUUUAAGGUGUAAUUUUUCCUGUUUAUAUAUAAAUGACAUGAUUGAAACUAAUACCUAAUAGAUACUUUAUAAUAAUAUAUAAUCCAUAUAUACAUGGCUUUUUUUCCUUUUUCUGAUGACCAAUAAUGUUCUACCUCUAAACCACCCAAAAAUUUGAUUUUGUUAAAAAAAAAACCACACAAAAAAUAAGAAACAGUACAUAUCAUGGUCUCAAAUUCAAUGUUCUAAAUAAUGAAUAUAUAUAUAUAUAUACAAAUGAAUAUGUGUAACAGCUCACAUAAAAAAAAUUCUGCAGAAACCAAAAUAGGGCUCCCUGCACAUGACAAUACCAGGUGAUGAAAUAUCAAAGGUGAAUACACACGGCAUGGUCUAGAUAUCAUAGGGCGUGUUAUAAAAGGCAGCUGAGUGAAUUAAAAUAAAUAGGCAGGGUGGGAGGUGAACCACAGGGUCGGUGGAAUCAAGGGCCUAUAGUACAUGUAGUACAUAGAGAUCCAAUCAUCCCGCCCACACUAUUUACAGUCCCUGUUUAAAUGAAUGGAAGGGGAGGGGGUUGCAAUUCUAUUGUUUAACUGGUAGAUGAAAGGCAUAUAGCACUAUGCAGGGUUUGGAUACCCCCAGCCCACUGAUUUAUUUAUAGUCCAUGUUUUAAGUACAUUUUUACAGUCUAUUCUUUAUCAGCCACCUGUUCUAUAUGUUGGAU